UAUUCCAACAGGAGUGUUUCAUCCGAAAUUAUUUUUCCUCUAUGAGAAUUCAAACGACUAAGUUAAUGUUUUUUUAUGAACUAAAAACUGUUUACUUUACAGUGGCAUAUCCCAUGCUCAUUCAACCAAUUAAAUGUGUGCAGACCCAAGAUCAAGCUUAGAAUACUGUGUAGUAGAUUUCGUUCAAGAAAAUGGAAAAGUGGCAGUCGUGCCUUUUGAAUGGCUAAUCGAAGACGAUGAGACCGAUGGCGGAUACCUCUGCUGGUUUCCGCCGCAAAAUUUAAAAAGAAAUGUGCUCCAAAAAGUUUCUCCCUCAGAUGGGUGGGAUCUAUGGCCGGCAAAAGUAAUCCAUUAUUCAAAAACCUAUAAGGCUGCUGAUGCCGUACUGAAAGAAUAUCUAGUAAGAAGCGAUGUUGAAAUGUUUUCGGAAGAGGAGCCGCGUCAUGCAAUCAUACCUACCUCCAGUCCUCAAGUCUCAUACAUCCUCUCCUCUACUCCACCAGCUCCUAAGAGAGCUAACGUCAGGCUGGCUACGCAAUCUUUAUUUGCUGAGAGUGCUAUUGAAAGUCCUCUCACAAUGAAAGAGGCGAGGGCUGGUUUGCUAGCAACAAGUGCUCAGUGCACAAGUUGUGCCAAAAAUGAAGGUUUUUAUAGCUCAAUGGCCUCGGACAUGCGUAAGGUUUUAGAGGAGAUAGCUCUGUUGCGCCAAGAUGUCAACUGUGUCUCCCAAACUCUGCAUGUCCAACGUCCCGACACUGAGAAGUCAGAGGACUUCCAGCUCAUGGAGGCUGGAGAAAUGCAAUUGCUGGAGGUUGAGCUGGAAUCUAGUGAAAAAUUCUCCAAAAUGGUUAAAAAUUUGGGACAUUUCGGGGGCAGGGACUGCAAUGAGGUGACAAGGAGGAUUCUUGCUGCCCUACUAUCCCAUGAGGCUGCCUGUGGCUUCAACUGGAUUGGUGGCUAUGGCAAAUUAGGAAUGAAGACUUUUCCAAGGGUCCUCCAAAUGAUAUCAGGUAACAUAUGUAUUCCUUGAAGUGUACAUUCAGUCUAUUCAUUCUUUUCUAUUUAAUGUAACAAUCUUAUAUGUUGAAGAUGUGUAUCAGAAAUAAAACUUCUAGGUUCAGUCAAUAUAAAUUUUUUAUCUUCAUUGUUUACUUUAACCCCUUAACGAACAGGUUUUUUGGGAGAAAGAGAAACGCCCCCCCAAAAA